GCCUGAACAUGGGGCGCAAGCCGAGCCCCGGGGCGCAGGAGCGCGUGGACGAGGAGGCACGGACCUGCUGCGGCUGCCGCUUCCCGCUGCUGCUGGCGCUGCUGCAGCUGGCGCUGGGCAUCACGGUGACCGUGCUGGGCUUCCUCAUGGCGAGCAUCAGCCCCUCGCUGCUAGUCAGAGACACUCCGUUCUGGGCUGGGAUCAUUGUCUGCGUGGUGGCCUACCUUGGACUGUUCAUGCUUUGUGUCUCAUAUCAAGUUGAUGAGAGGACAUGUGUCCAGUUCUCGAUGAAAGUGCUCUACUUCCUGCUGAGUGCCCUGGGCCUGAUGGUCUGCACACUGGCCGUGGCAUUUGCCGCCCACCACUGUUCCCUGCUUGCACAGUUUACCUGUGAGACCUCCCUCGAUUCUUGCCUGUGCAAACUGCCUUCCUCGGAGCCUCUCAGCAGGACCUUUGUUUACCGGGAUGUGGCUGACUGUACCAGCGUCACUGGCACUUUCAAAUUGUUCUUAAUUAUUCAGAUGGUUCUAAACCUGGUCUGUGGCCUUGUGUGCUUGCUGGCUUGCUUUGUGAUGUGGAAACACAGGUACCAGGUCUUUUAUGUGGGUAUUGGGCUACGCUCCCUGAUGACUUCUGAUGGACAACAACAAAAGACCUAACAGCUUGACUCAGGCGUGGAGGCAGGAACAGAACCCUGGUUAGCCAAGGUGAAGAGCACAAUUUUUUUAAA